UGUGACAUCAUUGACUGCAUUGAGAUUUUCCAUAAGUACACACAGCAGUGAAGCAAGCAGGGAAGGUAUCAGGAUUGUGGAUCCACUGUUUGAGAUUUGGAGAUAAGAAAUCACAUUGAAAAUUUCUGACAGAGAAGAUUGUGCGCAAAUGGAAGCCAGCAGUGGUUCUAUCCAGGAUGUAGACCAGGUUACUGAGGCAAUUCUAAAGCAAAAUGCCACUUUGACCAGGCACGUGGAAGAACUCUCCAAGAGUCUGCAAAAUGGGAAAGGUUGGAAAGAAACCUUGAAAGCUGCUUUAGGGGAAAACAAAAAACUAGUAAAGCAGGUAGAGUGUCUGAGAAAAGACAUCCAAAAGCAGACGGACGUGAAAGAAAUGUAUGACCUAGAGAGGACGAGAAUAGCUGACAUCACUAAGGGUAACAGAGACAAGGUACAAGAGAUUGCAGCGCUUCAGUUCCAACUUCAACAAAUUGAUGAACUGAAACAAAAUCUUUCUAACGUAAAGUCAGAAAGAAAAGCUUUGGAAGAGGAGAGCGUAACUCUGCAGUCCACGCUGAAGAAUCUGAAGGAGACUGCCCACAAAGAGGAGCAGAGGCUUGGUUUGAAAGACAAAGUCAACCACUUCCAGACUUUAAAACAACAAACCGAUGCCCUUAGGCAAAACCUUCAGGACAUGCAAAAACAAAUUCAGCAACAAGAAGAGCUGGUAAAAGACUUUCCCCAAAUCAUUGAAGAAACCUCCCAGUUGGAAGCUUUAAAGAUUCAGUUGGAAAAAGAGAUUUCAGAUAGGAAGCAGCGGCAGGAGGAAACACGUCAGCUGACUCUUCAGUACAACGAUCAACUAGAGGCUCUGGAAUCCCUUCAAACAAAAACAAAAAGCCUCAAAAAAGAAAGAAGAGCGCUGGGAGAUUUUCUUCAAGAUCCAGAAAUUGUGAGGGCUGAACUUGAUCAAAUAAAGGUAAAAACGGAGGUCUUGGAGAAAACAAACGUCAGCCUUCAACAAGAGCUUGCAAACCUGCAACAGCAAAUUUCCAAUCCGGUUAAUGCGGAUGAAAGGAUGACUGCUGCAAAGGAGGAACAUUCAAAUGCAAAGAAAGAAUGUGGCCUUCUCAAAGAACAGAUCAAACAGCUGAAGGCUCAGAUCCAGAUUCCAAAACAGGAAAUUUCAACAUAUCAAAAGGAUAUCAGAGAUCUGGAGAAACAAUUAAAGAAACUAAAAGAGCUUCAAGCUGAUCUUCAUUCUAUUUUCCAACAAAAGUCCCAAAUGGAAGAGGAGAGGAGGAUGCUAGAAGAGGAAGUUUCACAUCUGAAAAAGCAGAGAGAACAUUUGCAUCACGUGGUUGUUGACUACAACGAACACUUGGAUGUAAUGGAAGCACAGCGAAAGAAAAUAACCAACCUCGAGGAAGAAAAAGUCCAUCUGAGCGAAAUGCUUCUACAGGAACCUGCAUUGGAGUCUGAACUAAAUUAUGUCAAAGCAGAGACUAGCAAGCUGAUCCAGACAGGGAAAGCUCUGAACCAGCAUGUUGAAGCGCUCACGAAGGAUUUUAAACGUGUAGAAGAAAUGAAGGAUCAUCUGAAAAAGGCAAAAAAGACAAAUGAGUCUCUGAAAGCAGAAAAUGCCUCCUUGGAGAAGACAAUCCAAGACAUGAUGCAGGAGAUCCCAACUCUGGAAAGGCGCAACGGAGCUCUUCAGAAGGAGCUAAACGAACACCAAAGUCAUUUACAGAAAUACAAUGACAUGAAACAAGACUUCAGCAGAAUAGCACAAGAAAAGUCCUUUCUGGAAGACCUGGCAAAACAGCAGGAAAAGCAAAUUUUAGCUUUGAAACAGGAGCUGAAAAAGGCAGCAGAACUGGAAACCCGUUACAAGCAGCAGAAGGACCUUUUGGUUUCAUUGAAAAAGAAAACAGAAAACCUUGAAAUACAAAAGGCCAGAGAGACAGAAAUGCUCCAAAUUCUACAAGAGCCCGAUUCAGAAUCUGAAGGAAUCGAAGAAGAAACUGAGAUGGUGCCGAAAAAGAACUUGGAGCUCAGCAUGGAGGUUUCAGCGCUGCAAGACCAAAAUGGACGAGACAAUCUUCCUGCUGCAACCAAGGAACGUCUGACUGCAAAGAAAACAACCGACUCUCACCAGAACAAAGUCAAAGACUUGAAGGCUCAGGUGCAGACUCUCACACAGCAAACAGACCGUUUCCAGGAGGAGUUCAAAGAUCUGCAGAAACACGAACAGGAGGAAGAAGAGAUGAGGCUAAGCUAUCGGGCAAUGUUAGAGGAAAAAUGGGACUUAGAACUCCACAAGCAGGAGCUUGAAACUCAGGUUUCCUUUUUAAGAAAGCGGCGAAACAAAAGCAGAGAUUUUGUUCUUCAAUAUGAAAAGCAAGAAGAACAUUUGGGUUUGCUUAAACAAGAAACCGUAAGACUAAUUGAAGAGAAAAACACACUGGUCCAAAAUGGAACAUGAGGGGCUUUAAAUUAGUAGGAAUCAAAGGAGCGCCAGAUGGAGGUUUUAAACCUGCAAGACAAAAGCUUUGGCGCUCCACUAGAAAAUAAGGAAAAGGUAUUUUUAGAUACAGGGGUACAAAAAAAGAAAAAGUUUUUUUUAGUCUUAUAAAAAAUUAGGAUGCAUGAAUUUCAGCAUGAGGCUGAAAUUUAUUUUUAGCUAUAUUUUAUUAAGGGGGGAAAGGAAAAACCUUGUAGGACAAACUGAUAUUUUUUUAGCUAUAUUUUAUUUAGAGAAAUAAAAGGGAAAACUAGGAUAGCUGUAGGACAAGAUGAAUUCUAUUUUUUAGCAAUAUUUCAUUUGGGAUUUACUUACAAUGUUAGAGGCUGUAUUAUUGUGUUUUAUUUUAUUGUUUGACAAAAGUAAAAAUAAUACAUUAAAAAUUUUAAAAGAAAACGUAACAAAGUGCUUUUAAUUUUACUUCCUCUUACUUCAAAACCUGGUCAAAAAAAGAGAGAUAACACACUAAUGUGAAAGUCAGCUACAGUCUCAUUUUUGAUGGGU